AUGGUCAAGACCAAGGCCAGCCCGGCGACUCCCAGUGGCUCCGGGUCCUCAUCUACUGCGACAAUAACACGACACCGUCACCGCCGACCAGGUCUGGGGACAUGGGACAUGGCUUCCGCAAACCCAACCCUCCGCCGGGCAAAAGCCGGCCUCAGCGUGGCAGAUGAGUUGAAGGUCGGGGACGACAGUACGACGGGCUCUGGCACAUCCAACACUGCAGUACCCGUCGAACGACGACUACCCAGCAAGUCGCCUCGAGCGCGUUUCGCGGCCCCCAAGUCUCGCCUCAUGACGUUUGCAGCCAACAUUGCCCGCCAGAUGAGCAUGACCCCCGUGCCGUCGACCGAGAGCGGGACUGGCGACUCGCACAUGUCCGACAUCGAGACGGGGGCGAGCAGCAGCAGCGUGCAUGGGGCCACCAUGGGCCCUCCGUUCCCAAACGCCGAUGCUGGCAACCGGCACGGCGAGUAUCUCACAUACGGACCGGAACGCGGGGAACGUGAACCGUGGUCGCGGUCGUCUGCAUCGAUGCGGAGUGCCGAGCCUGAAAAGGAUGCGGCGGGGACUACGCCCAUGUGCCCACGACGGCGUCGACAGGCGCGACAAACCCGCCGACAGAGUAACGCCAGCGAGGAGCCUGCUGGCCCUGUCAACUGGCUCGUUGUCGACAAUGACUUCGCAGCCUUCACACAACCUGCCUUUGACCCCGAGGAAGAGAGACAGAGGGUGCAAAAGGAGCGCCAGAGGGAUGCGGAUAUAGAGAGGGCAAUGAUCAAUGCCGCCGAGGUCGAGAGCGCGUACAAUGCCACCCCGAGCCACUUUUCCGACGGCGGGUCCAGUCGUCUGAGGCGACGAGGCGGUUGGGGCCGGAGGCUGUGGGACGCUUGGCUGUGGCUGUACCACUGCGCAUGGUACGCGUCGAAACCGUCCGCGUUCAUCGGCUCCCUCUUCCUCCUCACGCAGUGGGUGCUCAGCAUGUCGCUGGCGACCAACAUGAACACAUACGGGUACACUGUCUACUUUGGAGCCGCUGGGUUGUUUACCGUCCCACUGCCGCUGCUCGUCCUCUUUGACGGACAGCGGCGGUUCAAGUGGAUCUUCCAGGCCUGGGUCGGGGCUGCAACCUGGGUGUGGGGCUUUAUCUACACUCGCCAGAUGACAAAGUGCCACUUCUUUGGAAACAACCCGACAUGCACCUCAAACUACCUGCACCUCUUCGCCGUCCUCUUUGGACUGCCGACCAUGGGCAUUGUCGCCCUGUCCCAAAACCGUGUCAUCCACAUUGCCGUGUCACUGUCGUGGACCAUUACUGCAGGUAUCUUGUUUGGAAAGGAACCCAAAACGCCCAACAUCAUGUGGCGCAGCGUGGCCAUCUUCCAGCUGUACCACUUGUUCCUCGCGCUCAACAGUUACUACCGCGAACGUUCCGACCGCGCGUUCUUUACCCUCAGGUCUCAGCUCAAGAGCCAGUACAAGGCUGUGCAGACUGCACAAGCCAUGGAGAGACGCGCGGACCAGUCCAAGAAGCGUUUCGUCUCGUACAUCUUCCACGAGGUGCGCGUGCCCCUCAACACGGCCCGCUUGGCCGUGACCAAUCUCGAUAGCGAGGGAGCGUUUGCCCAAAUGCACGCGGACCAACAGGACUUGAUCCUGGGUCUCGAUGGCAGUCUGCGCAUGAUGGAGAAGGUGCUCAACGACAUGCUCUCGUUCAACCGUAUGGAAAGCGGCAACCUCAUCCUCGCACGCAAGCCGUUUGACUUGCACAAGUCUAUCCACUACGUGGCCUUGUCGCACCGCGCCAUUGCCGAGCUCACCGGACUCGAUUUUGAGCUCGAGCUCGACUGGCGUAUCGACGCCAUGGGGUCGACUGUCAUUGGCGACGAGAUGCGGUUCAAGCAAGUGUGCUCCAACCUCGUCUCGAACGCGUUCAAGUUUACGAGCGAGGGCGGUGUGCGCAUAGUCACCAAACUGGUCUAUCCCGAAGUCCCGGAAGUGGCAGAAGCGGGUCCUCAUCCGGUGGUGGUCGAGAAGAUUGUGUCCGACGGCGAGGUCGUCCAUCCAGAGCUAACCUUGCCGGAAACGGUCGAUGCCGAGACGCCUGUAGUCGAAGAGUCGCUUGAAGAGCAGCAUCAGGACGACGAUGAGAAGGGCUACGUACCCAUCCAUGAGCCGCCAUCGCCGCGGUCGGGAACGCCCGUCCAGGAGUCACCCAACCCCAGCACGCCCCAUGUCACGUACCGUCCCCGACCUGAGUAUUCCAAAGCGGUCAUCCGCGUCGAAAUCCAUGACACUGGGGCUGGUAUCUCUCCCUCGGACGUGAGGCAUAACCGGCUCUUCUCGCCAUACGUCCAAACCGAGAUUGGUCGGCGACAGGGCGGCAAGGGCAGUGGCCUCGGCCUCGCGCUCGUCAUGCAGAUUGUCAAACUCAGCCAUGGCCGCCUCGGUGUCGACUCUGAGCAAGGCAAGGGCAGUGUCUUCUGGUUUGAGCUGCCGUACUCUAUCCCUCCGCCCGAGCGGGCAAUGUGCCAACGCCGCGCAUCGCCCGUCAGCUUCAACUUGCCGUUUGCAGGCUCGAUUCUGCCUCUAGACACGGAAACGGGCCUUCCACACACCGACUCGCCAUUUAGUGGGGCAGCGAGCGCUCCCAUGUCUCCCAUGAGUUCCAUUUCCAUCUCGGGCCCGCCUGGAGGCCAGCAUCCAGCACACCGUCUGCCCGGUUUCGAACAGCAGCACCAGUCCCUCGCGGCCGCCACUGCUGCCUCGACGAUGACUCCGCUUUCAGAAACUCCCCAGGGUCUAGCACUACCUGCUUCUGCGGUCCUGCCUUCCUCUUCAGCAUACUACAAACACCGCCGCCUAUCGCACGCGUCACACACCUCGUCCCAGCACAGCGCGUCGCCCCUGACCGUGCUUGUCGUGGACGACGACCCGCUCACGCGGAAACUCAUGGCGCGCAUGCUCACGCGAAUGGGGCAUGAUGUGGCCAUGGCCGAGAACGGCGCCAUUGCGCUACAAAAGAUCGUGGCCAGUUGGAAAGGGGAGGGCGAGGGAGCGCCCGUGGACGUGGUCUUCUUGGAUAAUCAAAUGCCGCUCAUGUCCGGUGUUGAAGUGGCCCGUGAAGUACGUCGACUGGGGAUUACGGUCUACAUUGUGGGCUGUACGGGCAAUGCCCUGCGCGAAGACCAGGACGAGUACCUCGUCGCAGGCGCCGACGACAUCAUCCCCAAGCCUGUGGCCCAGACUGAGAUUGUGGCAAAGUUGGCCGAGGCGAGGAGGCGGAAGCAUGGCACUCCGUCUUCAAACUAG